CCAACUCAUGCGCCGAUAAGAAGUGGCCAGCCUGGUCACCCCGAGGGGCAAUCACAUGAGCGACCAAAGAACCAGAAGAACCAGGAUGUUGCGGUGGCUUUCUGGGAAACGACGUCAUCUGACACGUGAUGGUCCGCGUCGCCGGGGCUACAGUCUGUCUGUUGAACAGGCUGACAGCUUCUCGAAAACACCCUGCAUAUCCUUUCUUUCUUUUCUUCUUUUUCACCCAUUUUCCCUGUUUUUUUUCUGGCUCGAGUAACCUUGUCACGGAGUUUACCAGCCGGAUAUCUGACAGUGUAUUGAUGGGCCGGGGGUCCGUCAUCUUCCACGCUGCCGUCCAGUGCGACCCUCAAAAAACAGUGGGAAUGCCCUCCAGUAUGGUAAUGUAGGUAGGUAGGUAUUCAGCAUACCGCAUCGGCAUGUAAAUUACCAUUUGAGGAGCGGGAAAGGCCACUUGUACUCUUGACGGGAACCAGUACUGAUUACGUACCCGUGACGGAAACCCCGAGCGCCAAGCCAAACCACCGAAAAUCAAAUCCAGAGAGAAGUUACUAGUUAGAACAAGGAAAAGCCUCUUGAAGAGACUCGGGGGCGUUUGCGUGCGCCUCCACCAGCGCGCAAGUCCAACCGAACGAUCCGUUCGACUAGCAAUCACACUGCCGGAAAAAGUUGGCUGAUCAACUCGGUGGAUCACAAAAGUGUAUAAGAUCUGGGGAAGGCGAAAAGAAGAAAAAGAGAGAGAAAAUGUUGUCACUUGUCGGGCUAGGCAGGCGAGGUGUAUAAAGACCGCCAAUCACCACGUCACGGCUCCCUACAAUAGAGGCUCCUCCAGGAUCCGAUCGUGAGACCCAUGAUCCAUCCAUACGUAACAUGCCCCGUCCUCCAAGAAAUUUCGUUUAUGCUUCGAUAGAUCAGAAGUCAUGAUAGACACGAACCAAAGGAUAUUGCCCUUUGAUUCUCUUUAUCUCUUUCUUUUUUUUUUUUUUUUUUCUUCUU